AUAUGGUUAGGCGCGUGCGGGAAGUAGUAUGUGAUUUUGUUUGGACUUAGUAGAUUACCUGCAGUAUGUAUAGCGAAGAGUUGAGAAAACAUCACGCGAUCACGGUGAACUUUUUAAAUAAACGUAUACAAAAAUGCCAGAUACACGUGUGCUCACGGAUUCUCUAAAACAAAACAUCAACAAGAUCGAAUGCACUCCGGAAAUGCAAACCUUAAUAUAUGAUGCUGUUCUAAAUCCAAACAAAUUAAAUGAACAUGCCUGGGUAAAAUUGGUUGAAUCUGUAACAAUAAAAGCAACCCAAAACUUGAGUCAUGGCCGUGCAGCUGCCAAAAUAUGUAAUGACAUUGCUCAAACUGAACAGCGAUUGGCUGAAACUACUGGAAAGGAAAAGGUAUUUCGAAAAACUUUGUUAAACCAACUUCAAAGCGUGUACACUCGACAUAAGGAAAACCAGUAUAGGAAUGUUGACACUUGGGUGGGUUUUGUCAAUUUUCUCUGCUCUGUGUUUGAUGUUUUACAAAUCAACAAUAUGCCGCUAAUGGUUUUAAUAUCACCAGUGUAUGAGGUGCUGAAUAUCUUAACUGAAGAACGUUUUAUUGAAAAGGAAAUUGCAAUACAGUGUCUUGUAACUCAGCUACAGUUCAUAGGGGAAGAAAUAGAAAAACACAACAAAGCAAAAAUGAAGGACCUUGUAAAACAACUUAACAAAAUGUUUUUAAGCGAUAAAACUUCACAGUUGUCCCGUCUUAUGCUGCUUGAAAUCAUUGAAUUACAAUGUGGUGGAUGGAAGCUAUCACGUGAUGCUUAUGCUUAUUAUUAUGAAGAGGUGGUAAAGACUUAACUACAUUAAAAGUAUAUAUAUUUAUAUAUAUAUAUCUGCAACUGCAAUAACCGUUUCUAAUUUGUUUUCAUUUUGAUGCUUUUGUUGAGCAUGAUAAAUUUAACAACAAAUAUUAAUGGCUUAUUGACUUCUACUUUCUACACACACUUUUAUUUUCCGUCAAAUUUUUUAAAUAAAUAAACAAAAGUUUUUGUCCGAAUGAAAUGUUUAAAGUGUUAAUACUAAAUUGUCACAUGCUGAUACAUACUUUAUGGGUUUCUACUCUUCUUGUCCAUUAUGUGAGUAUGUGUCGCUGCAUUUUUCCUUAAAGAUGUUUGCCUUUGAUACUUACUUAUGGUUUAUGUUUCUUAUCCAUUAUGUAAGUAUGGGUCUCUGAAUUUGUUUUUAAAGUUGUUUUUCUUUGUUAUUUACUAUAUAACUUGGUAUAUGUGUUCAAUCUACUGGGUUGGUGCAUUACAGUGGGAAACAUUA